GGGAACUGUUGUGUGUUUAGUGUUUCCUGACGGACAGUCACCGGUGUGACACUGGCACAGUGAAUCUGAUGUAAUCUUCAUGCUCAAACACGGUGAUGAUGUCAGUGAGUGAAACAGCAGCAGAUAUGAGCGUGAUGGAUCUUUAUAAUCAUCUGACAGCACAAGGAGAAACAGUCAGAAACCUCAAAACAAACAAAGCUCCUAAAGUUGAUAUUGAUGCUGCUGUUCAGUUAUUAUUGAAGAUGAAGGCUGAUUAUAAACAAGUCACCGGUCAGGACUAUAAGGCCGGAUGUCCGCCGGUGGUUGGUGUGGUCUUGAUUGAUAAUGGAUCAGCUAUGGAGGAGGGAGACGAUCAGGUCGAUCCGUGGACUGUGUCCACCAGCAAUGCUAAAGGAGUGGACUAUGAUAAACUCAUUGUGCGGUUUGGCAGCAGUAAGAUCGAUCAGGAUCUGGUGGACAGAAUUGCUCGUGUCACUGGAAAAACGCCACAUCAUUUCCUGCGCAGAGGAAUCUUCUUCUCACACAGGGAUAUGCAUCAGAUUCUGGACGCGUAUGAGAAUCAGAAGUCUUUCUAUCUGUACACGGGCAGAGGACCCUCAUCAGAGGCCAUGCAUGUGGGUCACCUGAUCCCCUUCAUCUUCACCAAGUGGCUUCAGGACGUGUUUGACGUUCCUCUGGUCAUUCAGUUGACUGAUGAUGAGAAAUAUCUGUGGAAAGAUCUGUCACAGGAAGAGUGUCAUCGUUACGCAGUGGAGAACGCCAAAGACAUCAUCGCCUGCGGAUUUGAUGUCAAAAAAACUUUCAUCUUCUCUGAUAUGGACUAUAUGGGGUCAAGUCCUUCGUUUUACAGAAAUGUCGUAAAGAUUCAGAAACACGUCACAUUUAAUCAAGUUAAAGGAAUCUUUGGAUUCACAGACAGUGACUGUAUCGGUAAAAUCAGUUUUCCAGCGAUUCAAGCAGCUCCAUCCUUCAGCAACUCGUUCCCGCAGAUCUUCGGUGACAGAAAAGACGUUCAGUGUCUCAUUCCAUGUGCCAUUGAUCAGGACCCGUAUUUCCGUAUGACCCGUGAUGUGGCUCCACGGAUCGGUUACCCCAAACCCGCUCUGCUGCACUCCACAUUUUUCCCGGCGCUGCAGGGAGCUCAAACCAAGAUGAGCGCCAGCGACGCAAACUCUUCUAUAUUCCUCACAGACACGCCCAAACAGAUCAAGAAUAAGGUCAACAAACAUGCGUUCUCUGGAGGUAAAGACACUAUAGAGGAACACAGGAAGUUUGGAGGAAAUCCAGACGUGGACGUUUCCUUCAUGUAUCUGACGUUUUUCCUGGAAGACGAUGAGCAGCUGGAGAAGAUCAGACAGGAUUACAGCAGUGGAGCUCUUCUGACCGGUGAACUGAAGAAAUGUUUAAUCGAGACCCUCCAGCCGAUGAUCACCGCUCACCAAGAGAAACGCAAACUAGUGACAGAUGAAACCGUCAAACAGUUCAUGAGCCCACGCAAGUUAGACUUCAGCUACUAGUUUAUCUAGAAGAGAAAUGAAUGAAUGAAUGAGAGACUAAUUAAAGUCAACACUGAGCUCUUCACAUGAACUGAACGCUACAGAAGCAUCAGAUGAACAAAACUGCAACAACAGCUGAUUUAAUAUCGUCAUCAUGUCUAUUUCUGCUUGUGUUGACUAGAUCUGAUGGGACGCAAACCUGUGAUUCAUGUAUAAGAUCAUAUCUGAUAAGACACAAGUACUGUUUUAAUAGAUGUUUAAUGUAAUAAUUACAGUUCUGUUGAUUCAGUGAACUCUGUGCCAUUGAAGAUUCCUCUGUGGAAACAUUCUCAUGUAAUUAUUCAGUCAUGAUGGAUUUUGUUCUUUUCUGAAUUGUCCAAAUCCACGAGAUCUAGAGCAAAAAUAACACGCAUAUCUCCAAAACAAUGUGUGUUAACCAGAUAAUCCCUGAUAUGAUUUAAACAGACUUGAGAUCAACAGUGUUCAUAGAAACACACACUCAUAACAACACUAUAUAUAUAUAUAUACACUAUAUUGCCAAAAGUAUUCGCUCACCCAUCCAAAUAAUUGAAUUCAGGUGUUCCAAUCACUUCCAUGGCCACAGGUGUAUAAAAUGAAGCAUCUAGGCAUGCAGACUGCUUCUACAAACAUUUGUGAAAGAAUGGGCCGCUCUCAGGAGCUCAGUGAAUUCCAGCGUGGUACUGUGAUAGGAUGCCACCUGUGCAACAAGUCCAGUCGUGAAAUUUCCUCACUACUAAAUAUUCCACAGUCAACUGUCAGUGGUAUUAUAACAAAGUGGAAGCGAUUGGGAAUGACAGCAACUCAGCCACGAUGUGGUAGGCCACGUAAUAUGACAGAGCGGGGUCAGCGGAUGCUGAGGCGCAUAGUGCGCAGAGGUCGCCAACUUUCUGCAGUCAAUCGCUACAGACCUCCAAAGUUCACGUGGCCUUCAGAUUAGCUCAAGAACAGUGCGUAGAGAGCUUCAUGGAAUGGGUUUCCAUGGCCGAGCAGCUGCAUCCAAGCCAUACAUCACCAAGUGCAAUGCAAAGCGUCGGAUGCAGUGGUGUAAAGCACGCCGCCACUGGACUCUAGAGCAGUGGAGACGCGUUCUCUGGAGUGACGAAUCACGCUUCUCCAUCUGGCAAUCUGAUGGACGAGUCUGGGUUUGGCGGUUGCCAGGAGAACGGUACUUGUCUGACUGCAUUGUGCCAACUGUGAAGUUUGGUGGAGUGGGGAUUAUGGUGUGGGGUUGUUUUUCAGGAGCUGGGCUUGGCCCCUUAGUUCCAGUGAAAGGAACUCUGAAUGCUUCAGCAUACCAAGAGAUUUUGGACAAUUCCAUGCUCCCAACUUUGUGGGAACAGUUUGGGGAUGGCCCCUUCCUGUUCCAACAUGACUGCGCACCAGUGCACAAAGCAAGGUCCAUAAAGACAUGGAUGAGCGAGUUUGGUGUGGAAGAACUUGACUGGCCUGCACAGAGUCCUGACCUCAACCCGAUAGAGCACCAUUGGGAUGAAUUAGAGCGAAGACUGCGAGCCAGGCCUUCUCGUCCAACAUCAGUGUCUGACCUCACAAAUGCGCUUCUGGAAGAAUGGUCAAAAAUUCCCAUAAACACACUCCUAAACCUUGUGGAAAGCCUUCUCAGAAGAGUUGAAACUGUUAUAGCUGCAAAGGGUGGGCCAACGUCAUAUUAAACCCUAUGGAUUAAGAAUGGGAUGUCACUUAAGUUCAUAUGCGUCUAAAGGCAGAUGAGCGAAUACUUUUGGCAAUAUAGUGUAUAUACAGCAAACAGUCACUCAUUAAUACAGAACCAGAAAAAAGUUCUGAGGGUUAGUUAAGGGUUAAUCACACACAAAUAAAUACUAUAAACAUACAAAAUAAGAACUCAAGUCUGUUUAAAUGAGACUCAAAAGACAAUGACUCAGAAAUAUAUAUAAUAGAUCAUUUAAACUCAAGAACUAAUAAACUAUCAGAACACACAAUUGUGCAUUUUCAGAGUUUCUAAACCAAGAAAAACAUGUUUGAUAUGAUAUACAAUAGAUUAUAUGAUAAAUCAAGCCAUUCAAGUUCCUAUGUUUGAAAAUCUAUGUAAAGAUAGAAACAUGUUUCCCAUAAUAAACGUUGAGCUUUGAUCUGAA